AGGAUGGUUUACUAAAUACAACACCAUGAACCGUGUUCAGUGCCAUGGUGGGUCAGGAUCCCAGGAUCCAGGGUCAGGAUCUCAGGAACCCUAGGUGUGAUGUGGGAUUACACCCUGAUGGGAUGCCAGGCCUUUCACAGUUGGGGUGGCCAAGGGAGGGACAAAAUAUUAAGCACCACAAGCUGCAGAUUUAAAUCCUUGCCACAGCAACAUGCUGCAAGAUUCCUUUAAAUUCCUUGGCUUCCGUCCCAAUUCGUGUCUCUUCACCGUUUAGUGCCCAAGUGACUCCACACUAGUGCGCACUUCACCAUGUGAUUGUAUUACAGGCCUCGCGCGCCUCCGCUGCCAUAGCAACCGCACGCGCUGAUUCGGCUAGUCCGAGUAGUGUAGCAGUGUUAGCCAAACUGAGCGAUGUUUUGGAGUGUUUUUUCGUUUUAAAGAUAUUAGCUAUGUCUAUGUAGAAUAUGUCAUAUCAACGACACAGGUCAUAUAGAUGAUCAGUAAAAGCUGACUGGCAACAAAAAAUACAAAAUGACCGACAGAAGAAGUCAAACUGGACCUGGAGACAGCACUCCUGUUCAUCCCUGGUAUAAAGAAAGACUCCGCACUAAGUGUCUGAAGGACCCAGUUCAGAAGCUGAAGCUCUCCGGGGCCCUGAACGGACGCAGAUGGCGCUUUUUGACAGCAGGACUUGAUGAUUUUAGAGAUGGCUACCCCGUACCCCAUGCGGGGACUUUCACACAGCCCCAGCGUGGAACCGAAGCUGCCAUUUUUGGCCUGUCCCGUAAGCCAGAGAAAUCACCAAGAAGACGCUUUACCAAAGAGCAGAUGUGCUUCUCCAAACAGAACUGCCUACGCGAGACACGCCGCCGAUUUGUGGACACAGUGGAGCAGAGCUUGAGCACACACCCACUCGCUCUCUAUCCACAUUUAGGAAGUGGGAUGGCACCUGAGCUGUUCGAUGACGUCUUGUCCAUCCUGGACCCAGCCAUGCACGUCACGAUUGAGACACCACUGGCCAAACAAGAGGAGAGUAGCAAAGAAAAUGUGGUGCCAUGUGAAGGCCAUAUUCAAGAGACUUUACCAGAGCAGACGAUAGAAUCACCUAAUAGUCCAAUUCCCAGACAGGAUGGGGUAAAAAACUCUACUUCUCGGAAUCCCUAUAAAUUGAAGGAAGUUAAGGAGAUCUUUGCCAAAGAAGACCAAAAGACCAAAUUGCACUCCACCUCCCUGGAUGAAGAAAUCAAUAGAGUCACCAAGCUCUUCUGUGACUGGGUCACCUCACUGGGUGAGGAGACCAGUGACAUCACAGAGUCCACUAUCCUGAACCUGUUUGCCAGUGGCUGUGAAAAGAAGCCUGUCUUGACAUUCCAAGAUGUUGGAGUCAACGAAAUCCCAGAGGAGCUGCGUAAAGACUGUUCACACAACCUGCACCUCAAAGACUCAGAGCUGAACAAGGUGUAUACUCCUAGUCAAAAAAACACAUAUGGCGCAUGGUAUUUAAACCCUAAAACAUGGAAGAAGCGGCCUGCAAAUGAGCCACUGAGAGACCCUUCAGUGACUGAAGAUUCUGAGCUUGAGCAGCAGCCCACUGAGAAGGAUGAAGAACUGAAGCAGAUUCAUGGAGCUCAGGCCUUCAAGCAGUUCAUCAUCAAUAAAGGAUUGAGAGUUCCCAGGUUUCUCAGUUCUGUGUUUUCGGAGGAAGAGCAGGAGAACAGGACCAGAGCGCCAGAUGCAACAGCUUCAGCACUGACACCCUCGGGAACUGCCAUGCUUUAAAUACACCUCAACUAUCAUCCGUGUGGUGCAGCUAAGCAGUACUCUAACCUGAAACAUUAUUCAUUUAAUAAAGAAAUUGUAGACAACACUCAUUACUAUUUUUAACUGUAAAAAUCCUGGAAAUGUCCUUUAUUUAAAUUAUGAAUCUAAAUAACUUUUUGUCAGAUGAUAUAAUGUAGUCAUUUAUCAGGUUCAUAUUCUAUUUUUAUAUGUAAAAGCAUUUAUUUGCUUUGGAUAUUAAUUCUUCUGUCUUCUGCCUGGUCUAGAAGCUUAUCUUUUUUGAAUGUUUUUCUCUCUUUGAUCCUCCUGCUCAUCUUUUCCUGGCUUUUUAUCCUCGAGGACAUUUCUGCAAAAGUGUCAGAUACAAACAUGGGAAUAUAAACUUUCCAUGGUACAAGAAAAACACUAUAAAAUUGCCAAAACUUAGCAAUACACCUACCUUUAUUCUUUAUUUGACAGUCCUCUGCUUUGUUCUGAAGACUCUUCAACUUGUUCUGCUGUUUCAUGCAUGUCUGCUCUGUUAUUUCAGCUUGCUUAAUGACAGCUGUUCCAAUAAAUAUAUAAGCAUAUCCUUAA